GAAGGAAGGAAGAGAGAGAAAAUGAAAAAAAAAAAAAAAAGAAAAGUAGUUGCUACGUUUUGAAUUUUUGUUAAAAAACUUGGAAAAGGCAUGUUUGGAUAAAUGAAGGACGGAAAAUUCAAAGUUGCAAACUUUUACUCUGCUUCAAAACACAAUCAACAGAUCUUCGACCAGCCGCGGAACAGACCGACGACCGAGCGUCCGUGCUACCGAGGAGCUCGUCUCGGCUGUUGCUUCUCCUCCUACGCCUUUGGAACCGGAACUUGGUAACUGUUAACAACAAAGACAAAGAGAAAGACAGAUGUCGAACUCAUCUAAGGACCUGGAAAGACAGGGCCCCAACUCUGGGCAUCAUCUGAGGGAAGACAGUGAAUAUGAUAGGCUGGUUACUUCUAAUGAACCCGCUGCUGCUGGAAUGGACAUCUUACAACCUCAACCACCCCCAAGGAGUAACACUUUCAUCUGGUGGAUCAAAGCUGUCGUCUUCUGCAUUUUUUCUGUUAUAUUGCUUCUCAUUUUCUUGAAAUGGGGAAUGCCAUUUCUUUUUGAGAAGGUUCUUUUUCCAAUCAUGCAAUGGGAAGCAACUGCCUUUGGCCGCCCAGUUCUUGCUGCUGUGCUUGUUACUUCUCUUGCCUUGUUUCCUGUGUUCUUAAUACCUUCUGGUCCUUCCAUGUGGUUGGCUGGGAUGAUUUUUGGAUAUGGUCUUGGGUUUGUCAUAAUUAUGGUCGGAACAACUAUUGGAAUGGUCCUACCCUAUUUGAUUGGACUGCUUUUUCGUGACCAUAUCCAUCAAUGGUUAAAGAAAUGGCCCCAGACAGCUGCUGUGGUUCGACUUGCAGGAGAAGGAAGCUGGUUGCAUCAAUUUAGAGUGGUUGCUCUCUUUAGAGUUUCGCCAUUUCCUUACACAAUUUUCAACUAUGCAAUUGUGGUAACCAGCAUGAGGUUUUGGCCAUAUUUAUGUGGAUCGAUUGCUGGAAUGAUUCCAGAAGCUUUUAUUUAUAUCUACAGCUAAAAGUGCCACAUCGAUGCUAAUUACGGUAGUACAUUGCGUCUUUGAAAACCUACCCUCUAAAACUGCCUGUUCUGGCUCUGCCACCCUAUACCACCCAUAAUGUCACAACAGCCAGAUUCCAUCAAGCAGAACCCAAAAUAAGUCGAACACCAUCAAGCACAGUGCAAAACUGCCACUUCCCCACCUCCUUGCUACCUUAAGAAAGUGACUUUUGUUAAAUCCCUGGCACUUUAGUGCUGUUGUAAAGCCAAAAUAAUAAUAAUAAUAAUAAUAAUAAUAAUCACCAAUCCUCUCCAAGACCCUGUAGCAAUCAGCUUCAGAAAUUGUUAAUGCCAAUUCAACUGCAAGCCCCAUAUCUCAUAACUAUCUGCAGUGCAAAUUAGAAGUUCAGAAAUGGAGAGAGAGUUGAAGAAAAGAAAUGAGGGUUACACUUGAGUCUAAAUCAAAGUGAACACAAUGAAAACUUAGGAAUAAGGAAAAGAUGAGAGGACAAGAACGGAGGGUAAAGAGUUGUUCAGAGCAAGCAACUGCAUUAAGGGAGAGAAUAAAAGAAGAAAGGAGAGAUCACCUUUGCUGGCAGUUGGGGGAUGGUUUUGAAGGCAAAUGGCAAGGAGGUUGAGGAUGGGUUGCUCAAUGUUCUUAAAAAGGAGACGAGAAAAGAUGAGAAAAGAGGAAAGAAGAAAAUGCCAAUGGCCAAAACAUUGCAAUUCUUAGACAAAUACGUGAUGCAUUUAAGUUUUUGGCCACGUUACUUAUGCUGCCAUGUCAUCUGACCCUAGCAGUAUGUAAUGAAGUCAUU